AUGGACGGAACACAGCGAUGCACGACCUGGGUAGGGGUUUUGGUCCUCCUGGCGAGCGUUCACUCUGCCACCGAUAUCGUCGAGUUCCUGGUGGAGGACGGACCGCUGCAGAACGUCAUUUACCUCAGCAUCGACGGCGGCGUGGUCGUGGUGGGUGGCCGCAACGUCCUCUACAAGCUGUCCUCAGAUCUUGAUCUGGAGGCCAAGGAGUUCACAGGACCUCGUCCUGAUAAUCCCCAGUGCCUCCCGGACCCUUUGGAGUGCCCUCAGGGCAGAACUUUAACGGACAAUGACAACCAGGUACUCCUGCAGUUUGGUCCUGCAUAUCCCCUUGUGCUCACUUGUGGGACCAUCUGGCAGGGCAUCUGCUCGUUCCAUCAUGUACGGAGAAACCUAACCCCUUCGAGAGCAAUGGAUAAAAAAUCGCACGUCAACUACGUUGCCUCUCGUGUCAGCACGGUGGCAUUCUUCCUGGGGGCCACCUUGUUCGCCGCAUCUACCUACGACGGCCGCCCGCUCGACUACCACCCAUUCUCGGUGUCGGCACGCGACCUGAACUCGAACGGCUCCUUCAAGCUGCACUCGUCGGACGCUUCCUCGGCCUCCUUCGUCGAUGUGGACCGGACGCUGAAGAAAUCCUACAAGGUGCGCUACGUUUACGGAACGAGCCACAAAGACUUCGCCUACUUCGUCACGGUGCAGAACGCCGGCCUGGCUCUGGAACUGUUUGAGACACGAAUUGUGCGUGUCUGCUGGGAUGACCCUACCUUCCUGACGUACACCGAGCUGCCCGUCCGCUGUGGCAGGGGAAAGUCCAGGUUCCCGAUCGCCCAGGCGGCGUCCGCCGGACCGCAGUCCCAAGGGGGCGACCGACUGCUACUCGUGGCCUUCGGCAAGCCCUUCGGGGGCCGGAUGCAGGAGAACGACGCCAGCGCCGGCUCGGCCGUCUGCUCUUUCAGGAUGCAGGACGUCGAGGAGGCCUUUCGCCAAGCCAUCGACGACUGCAAUGCCGCCAAGCCGACGUCCCAGGUGUCGCAUCUUUUCCACGAGCCCGGCACACCCCAGGACUGUACGCGCUACGUAAGUUCAAAGAUUUUUUCUCUCGUGUAA